AUGGCUACUAUCACCAGCUCCUUCACGAAGAAAGAUAGUCUGCCAGUUCAAUCGAGACCGCCUUUGCUCCCGAGAGUAUUGUCUCCCAGCUCCACAGCACAUAAGCAAGUCCGGCGUAAGACGUCCUUUGUGCUCUGGUCCAACUCUUCAGAUGAUCCUCCAAGCCCGCAUAAUUCAAUCUACGAUGCACAAUACUUGUCAGCAAACAACAGCGAGGAAGGCAACAACGGGUCCGAGUCUUUCAACCUGCCGAUAUAUAAACCAUUAAAUAACUCGCCAAGAAACAAAAACAAUGCUAAAGGGGGAGAAUCGUCUAUUCCUUGCCACAGCAUUUCCGAAACUUCAGCUAGAAACCAUCAGAAUUCGAGAGCCGCGGAGCCAUAUAUGAUAGACACCUCUGCCACAGACACACAAUUCCUCUAUGGACAUGGAACACUUCUCAAAACUAUUACCGAACAAAACAGCUGUGCCACCAUGAACUCUCUUGCACGCCGAAAGUCCGUCGAUGACCUACCAAACCCCCUCAAUCACCGUGACAGCUUUGUUCUUGCCAAGAGUUUACGACGAAGGCAUUCAUUCAGCCUUGACGAUCUCGCUCUUAUCAAGCCAUCGUAUUAUGAUGGUUGCCCAGCUAUUGAGAGUACAACACUCAAGCUCUUGCCGAUACAUGAAAUAUAUGCACAACCAAAGUUCCCACUCCAUGCGCCAUUGCCUCGGCCGCAAACGCCACCAGGAAUGCCUUCCUGGACUCAAGCCCAAAACCUUCCUGCUCGCCGCCACUUAGUCAAUCCGCAACCCAAUCGUCUGCAAAGGUUCUUCAGUCUAUCAGCAUCAGGAUUUUUACUCUCAUCUCAUGCAUCGCGGACUGACCCACCCACUGCAAACCGGGCCGUGUCCGCCCCAGUAGGUAGACGAGCACCCCGAUUCCGACCAACAAGGAGUGCAUAUGCUCCAAUUGAUCAGCAUCCGUUUAAUCAUGCUCCAGUAGCAAAUAUCUGCAAUCCGAAUGCCUCUCCAAGCACCUCGCGCUUGACCAACACCUCUGGGACCAAUGCGGGGCGUAGAUUCGGACGGCGAGUCCGUUUUACCGCUUCCGCUACUGCAAGAGACUCUGAAAUGAAUUCACUUCGGAAUGCUAUCGAAUCUACCAGCUCCGUCGCCAUAAACCCUAUGGCAGCAAUGCAAGUAACGCGCAGAUCCCAGCACAUAUCAACGGAGCCAGGUUGCCCUCAUCGGAAAGGCAGGCAGGCAGCGCUCAAAACAUUAAGAAGUUCUCUGAAUCAUCGACAUACAGCUUCACCUAAUAACGAGUAUACCGUAGCACGAGUCUCUGUGUCCCCUAGUCGGCAGAACUCUCCUGCAUCAUCAGUUCGAAUCCUGCCACGGCCACUGAGCAACCCAGCAUCCGUUAUCUCGAGAAGUCCUACUACUGACCCCGUGUUUGGUAUCCCCGAAAGAUCAAACAGUUUGGUAUUGUCCGUAUCAUCGGCGGCCCACCUGAUGUCCGGCGCCCUGCAAGAGACCAUGACGGAGCCGAAAUCAAAGCCAACCCUAUGCUGGAAAUGUUGGGUUGAGAUGGGGUUUGAGAAAAUGGAUCAAUGGUGGCUAAAGAGCGCAAGCUGCUUAUGUUUCGUAUGUUGUGGAUUUGAUAUUGAGGGUGAUAUGAGGCUGCGUUGUGGACCUCGCUCCUCUUCUGGAGCAAACUUUUGCCCAUCGCCUCGGACUUCUACCACAGAUAUGCUGGGCCCUAGGAGAGUUGUUUUGAACGCGAGUGCCGCCAUUUAA